CUGUCAGCUUGUCCGCCAUGCUCAGUCUGCUGCGCCACUGUGGCCCAAACCUGCUCAGUCCAAGGACGAUCUCGGCUUUAAACUCGCACUUUUACUCCAGUGAAAUGUCCAAACGUGUGGCCGUGGUGCUGGCGGGCUGCGGGGUUUAUGAUGGCACUGAAAUACACGAAGCUUCGGCUGUUUUGGUGCAUCUGAGCAGAGGAGGUGCAAGUGUGAGUAUGUUUGCACCCAACACUGAGCAGAUGCAUGUAAUAAAUCACCUCAAAGGGGAACCGUCACAGGAGAGCAGAAACGUGUUAGUGGAGAGUGCCAGAUUGGCCCGUGGAAACAUCCAGAAUCUGUCCAAGCUGAGCGUCAAAGAUCAUGAUGCCAUCAUAUUUCCAGGUGGUUUUGGAGCAGCCAAGAACCUGUGCACAUGGGCAGUGCAGGGUAAAGACUGCUCUGUGAACUCAGAGGUCCAGGCCGUGCUGCAGGCGUUUCACACUGAGGGCAAACCCAUCGGCCUCUGCUGCAUCUCUCCUGUGCUCGCUGCAAAAGUGUUUCCAGGAUGUGAAGUCACUGUUGGCAUUGAAAAGGAUCAAAAAUAUCCAAACACCGCUGAUACUGCAGCAGCUAUUAACCAGCUGGGUUGCACACAUGUGAGUAAGAGUGUGAGCGAGAGCCAUGUGGACGAGAAGAACAAGCUGGUCACCACCUGCGCCUUCAUGUGUGACGCGCCUAUUCACGAGGUCUUUGAUGGCAUCGGCUCCAUGGUGAAGGAUGUGCUAAAACUGGCUUGAGCUGGUUUUUGGACUUAUUUGAGCAAGACUCCAGCACUAAGCACUUCUUAUAUGAUUACAAUCAGAAAUACACAUCUGACACCACUGAUCAAUGUUUGAGUCAAAUAAGAAAUUGUUUAUUUACAAAUAAUCAAAUCAGCAACUUCUACACUGUAGAUAAAUGUAGACAGAGAAACAUUGUGUGACAAUAAUGUAAAUAAAUGGCAUUAUCUAAAUAA